AAUACACAGGGCCCCGCUCCCCCUCUCCCUCUCCCUCUCCCUCCUAAAAAGAAAACAGAGAAAAACAAAAUCUCAAAAAUUUUCUGCUAAAUAAUCACGAUAACGAUAAUUAUCUACGUCCUUCCCUGUGUAAGCUCUCCUUUUCUCUCUCUAAUACUCUCGCUCUAGAAUAUAUCAAUUAUUCUAAACUUCUACUUGUUAUAUUUUCUCCUCGAUAAUCGUGCCAGUGUCCAAAAUUGGAGCGGUUGAGGUUCAACCGAUUGAAGAUUUUGAUUAGCAAGGGACGUAAUCGCGGAGGUGUUUGUGGAUGUUAUCAAUUUGAUUGUGGAAUUCGAAAUUAGGGUUAGGAGUUUGAUUUUGCCCUAAUAAUUGUUUUUGGUGAUGUACUGUAGUCGAUUUUAUAUUCGAUUGAAAUUAGGGUUUUGGUUUUAAAGUUUUGAAUUUUAAAGGUCGCUUGUUAUAUUCUUGCCCCUUUUAAUUAAUUGUAGCUCUAAUCAGUCAAGAAGUACUGUACAAUCAACGAUCAUUGCUGCUUCAUUGUUAUUUUUUUCUGUUUAAUUGUUCUUUAUUUUUCUUGUUUAUUUUUGAGGUAUAUUCAUUAGAUUAUCUUCAAUAAAACAAAAAAAUCGUGCCUAACAAUCCCCAUAUUCAAAAAAGAAAAGAAAAAAAGCAUAAAAGAAUAGAAAAAAAAUUGAGGUAAUAAAAAAAAAGCAAUGGGGAGCCCAGGUUUAAUCAAUCGAAAUAACGGGCAGCAGCAGCAGCAGCAGAGACUAGGCAUUACAGAACCAAUUUCAUUGGGUGGACCAACAGAGUACGAUGUGACAAAGACCCGUGAACUCGAAAAGUUUUUGCAAGAUGCGGGAUUGUAUGAAAGUCAGGAGGAAGCUGUGAGUAGAGAGGAAGUACUUGGGAGACUUGACCAGAUUGUGAAGAAUUGGGUUAAAGUAAUUAGCCGUGCUAAACGGUUGAAUGAGCAACUGGUGCAAGAAGCAAAUGCUAAGAUUUUCACAUUUGGUUCUUAUCGCCUAGGGGUGCAUGGCCCCGGUGCAGAUAUAGAUACUCUUUGCGUGGGACCUAGACAUGCAACAAGAGAAGAAGAUUUUUUUGGUGAGUUACAUAGAAUGUUGUCAGAGAUGCCUGAAGUAACAGAGUUGCACCCUGUGCCUGAUGCUCAUGUUCCAGUGAUGAGAUUCAAAUUUAAGGGUGUUUCUAUUGAUCUUCUUUAUGCUAAACUGUCUCUUUGGGUUAUUCCUGAAGAUUUAGAUGUUUCACAAGACUCGAUGCUGCAUAAUGCAGAUGAACAGACUGUUCGAAGUCUCAAUGGUUGCCGAGUUACUGACCAGAUUUUACGUUUGGUGCCAAAUAUUCAGAAUUUCCGCACAACAUUGCGAUGCAUGAGGUUUUGGGCAAAGCGUCGUGGUGUAUAUUCAAAUGUUUCAGGGUUUCUUGGUGGUAUAAAUUGGGCGUUGCUUGUUGCUCGCAUAUGCCAGCUAUUUCCAAAUGCACUCCCAAAUAUGUUAGUGUCUCGGUUCUUCAGGGUGUACACUCAGUGGCGUUGGCCAAACCCAGUUAUGCUAUGUGCUAUCGAAGAAGGAUCCCUUGGUCUUCCUGUUUGGGAUCCUAGAAGAAAUCCGAAGGACAGAUAUCAUUUGAUGCCUAUAAUUACUCCUGCUUAUCCUUCAAUGAAUUCUAGCUACAAUGUAUCUUCGAGCACACUGCGUAUAAUGACAGAAGAGUUUCAGAGAGGAAAUGAAAUUUGUGAGGCUAUGGAGGUGAGCAAGGCAGAAUGGGACACCCUUUUUGAGCCAUUUUCCUUCUUUGAAGCAUAUAAGAAUUAUCUACAGAUAGACAUCAGUGCUGAAAAUGAAGAUGAUUUAAGACAGUGGAAGGGAUGGGUUGAAUCCCGUCUCCGUCAACUUACCCUGAAGAUUGAGAGGCACACCUACAACAUGCUCCAAUGUCACCCCCACCCAGGCGAGUUUUCAGACAAAUCAAGACCUUUACAUUGCUCUUACUUUAUGGGCUUGCAACGUAAACAAGGAGUUCCUGUAAAUGAAGGUGAACAGUUUGAUAUAAGGAUAACUGUUGAUGAAUUCAAAAACUCUGUCAACAUGUACACAUUAUGGAAGCCUGGAAUGGAGAUCCAUGUAACUCAUGUAAAAAAGAGGAACAUACCGAAUUUUGUUUUUCCAAGUGGGGUUCGUCCUUCUCGUCCAUCAAAGGCAACUUGGGAUGGUAGGCGGAGUUCAGAAGCCAAGGUUGCUAAUAAUUCUUCAGCAGAUAAGAUUGAAGGCAAAGGAGUUCUUGAUGGAUCAGAUGAGGGAAAGAAGAGAAAGCGAAUUGAUGACGAUACAGAAAAUAACUUGAGAAAUCCCAAGGGCUAUGCUGCCAUGCCUCCCUCCGGUGGGGAAGUUCAUGAGGGCAGUCCUCCUGUUGGUAAUGUCAGUUCUUGCUCUACACAAAGUGACCUUGUAAUUACAAACAGUUUAGGGGAAUUGAAGGGGGAGAAAGCUGACAACAGUGAAACAGAAAGCUUAAAUAAUUCACAAAAUUUAGCAGGGAUUUUUGCUCAAAAUGGUGAGCUUGAUGGAAUAUUGAGAUGUAACCUUCCGGACAAAGGUUUGCCAGCUAACAAUGAUACUUCAAGUUCUAAAGAGGCUGAGAAGCUGGCAAUUGAUAAAAUAAUGUCUGGUCCUUAUGUUGCCCACCAAGCUUUACCACAAGAACUCGAUGAGCUCGAAGAUGACUUUGUAUAUACAAAUCAGGGAAAGGGUUCAGAGUGGGCUGCAAAAGGUAGCCCAAUGGAAUCGUCAUUGUCAAAUACAGCAGUAGAACAAACAAAUGAAUCUAUAGCAGCAGUUGCAUGCAGCAAUGGAGCUGGUCCAUCUGCUUAUUUGUACCCUAACGGUGGCUCGGAGGAGCUUGAGCCUGCUGAACUUAUGGCACCAUUGUUCAACGGAAUCUCUUCAGCUCCACCUGUGGCACAACCGAAACCACUUAUCAGGUUGAACUUUACUUCCUUGGGCAAAGCUGCUGGCAAAAGCACAUGAAGCGUUGCAAAAAUAUAAUCAGUGGGAGCAAAGUUGCCUGAGGGUGGUUCAGUUUUUAUAUGUAAGAGAAGGAAAAGAUCCUUUUUUCAUCACCGUUUUGUUUGUCUUUUUGUAACAACAACAGUUGAAGUGAAUAAAAUCUUGAGUUAUCAAAA